AUGGAUUUUCGAGGUAAUUCGAUAGUAUGCCGUAGGCGCCUCAAGGGAAAAGAGUAUGCAGGUAUAGCCGACGUUGAAUGGAUUUUCGAGGUAAUUCGAUACUAUGCCGUAGGCGGUCGAGCGUCCCAGAGUAAUGGAGAUCUUGUAAGAGCAAGGAACGAACGUCUCAUUUCAUGUAACAGAAGGGAUGUUGAUACUAGUGGGGCAAAGUGCAGUCAAACUACGCAGACAACAAUUCUAAACGCAUCUUCCACAGCUGACUCGAUUACGACCCGAACUGAGACCUGGUUGUGUAAUCGCCGUAUUGAAAUUUCUGAAUCCUUUACUGCAUUCCUCUGCCAUUCGACCGAGAUAACCAUCGAAUACGCUGAAAUCACGUCGCAAGAGGUGUUCCCUGUUGACGAGCUGUCAGACGGAAUCGAACAACUGCUGCUUGAUGGAGUAAGCAUUGCAGUGAACUUGGCAGAGUGUCGUGAUGAAUGUUUCAAUCAGAUGAGGUGUAAAGUUUGA